CUCCCGACAUGCUAGUGAUUCCUCAGAGAGAGGUAUUGGUGACACACUGAAAGAGGAUCCACACAGAAGUAUGCACAGACACAACCAGCUCAUGUGGAUGGCACGCCAGCCUCUGCUCAUCCCCCGUUUGACAUAUUCACUGUGGUUUCAUAUUCUGUUUGGUCCUGCAUGAUCACUUUUUAGAUGAGGGACUUUGCUCCAUCUGGUUUCUUUCUUCUCCACGUGCCAAAACUUUAAAGUUUUAUCAACAGGAGCAGCUUUUUCUGUCUAGACUGCACCUCUGGUUCCCAUUGGCUGCCGCUUGAUGGGGAGGGUGUGGCUCCACAUGUCUAGCCUCCCUCCUAUCGGGCUCCCUUUCACAUAGAAGCAAACUCAGCUUGUGUUAUGACAGCGGCUGCACAGUGGCAUUUGCCAAACGCCCGUGGCAUGCCACUCUCGCCGACGCCUCCUCCCUGCCUGCAAAGGAGACUGACGAGCUCAGCUCAGAGCAGACUGUAGCCGUCUGUGUGCCAGACGCUUCCACUGAAACUGCUGGAAGAACCACAAGGAAUUUAUUGGACGUCUUAAAAUGGCAGAGAAUGGGGUGAAAGGAAAGCCACCAUACUCAGUUGAGACACCCUAUGGCUUCCAAAUCGAUCUGGACUUUCUAAAAUAUGUGGAAGAUAUCGAGAAAGGGAACACCAUCAAGCGUGUUCCCAUUCAGCGUAGAAAUAAGGGACCUCGAGCAAGUACGCUGCCCAGAAACCUUAACCCUUCUGGAUGUGGCUAUCGCCCAAGUCCCUGGGGAUCCACUGGUGCCCUUGGCCCUCGAUCGCCGCCGUCAGAUACCCAUCAUCAUGGCUAUUCCUUGUGGACACACAGUCACAGGGCUCCUUUAUUUCCUACAGAACCCAGAUCUCUGGCAGAGCUAGAGGCAAGAAUCAAAGAGUUUGAUGAACAACCUUUGGGGGAGCACAUCAGACCUCACCUCCUCCGAGCCUCCAGCCUACCGCUGACAGUUUUGCUAAGGCAAGAAUCGGAGUCCAUGGAUGAUCGAAGCAGUAUCCGGAGCUCAAGGGAUUACCUUAACUCUCCGGACAGCCCGCAGCCCCAGGACUGCUCAGGGCUGUUGAGGCGCCUGUCUGAAGCCUUGGAGCGUGUCGGUGAGCUGGAGAUGGAAGUGAGGGUCAUCCCUGAACUCAGAGCACAAAUCUGCAUCCUCCAGGAGGAACGAGAAAGGCUUCGUCUGGGUCUUGUCCCGCAUCUCAUAUCGUCCACGGAGAAUGGAACCACAAAACCCUUUGCGUUGACUCACCGCAGCAUAGCGGACAUGAAAAGACCCAUCAAGGUCAGAAACAGUACCUCACACGACAGUUCCCACCGGAUGCAUGAGUGGAAGACAAGUACAGACCUGGAUGAGCUGCUGACGGUGACGUCCCUGCAGGCCAAAGUAGCUGCGCUGGAGCAGAAGCUCCAUGAGACCAGCCUGGAGCUGAGGAAGGUGACGGGACUCUUGAGGGAGCAGCAGGCAGAGAGCGGAACCAAAGAUGAGAAGAUUGAGAACCUCAUCAAGAACCCCGGGAUGUGGGUCUGUGCAGAACGUGUGAUGGUGGACCAGGAUGGAGAGGAGACAGUGGUGAGAUCUAUUGAACCAGAUUAUGGUAAAGAAUGCUCCUUUGUCUGCAAAAGAACUGCUCCCACCUCUGCUCAAAGACACCCCCAACAGAAAAGGAGCUCUAGAGCAGGCGUGGAACCCGCUGAUGGUGCAGCCGACAGCAUGAGAACAGCAGCAGUGAUCAAUCACAUUCAGAGGAUCAAGACUCUUCUGGAUCAGCAAUGGGAGUGUGUUUGUAGAGAAGCUAAACCAGGAGAUGAGAGACCAGCUUUAAAGCACCCAGAUCCAAAAGUCAACUCGCUCCAGGAGCAGAUGAUGGAACUCGUGGACGUUCUGCUGUCCCACUAUCCACAGAAGGGACAGAGUGAUGCCUCAAAAUCCAACCUGAAGAUGUACGGAAGUGCACAGAACUCAGUGACUCUGGGCUCUGAGGUUCCUAACGAAAGACUGACGACAAAAGGAAAUCUCUCAGAUUCCAAUCGUGAGAACCAAAGUCUCCAUGCCAGGAGGACAGAUGCUGCUCAAGCAGACGGCAACUCUGUGCAGAUGGGAAAGGCGUCAAAGCAACACACAGAAAAGCAAGGCACACCAGAAGAGUGGAAACAUGGGAAAAGAGAUGGAGGAGCAGUACUGUCAGAAGCUGAAACUAAAGAAAAACCAUCUCCAAGACAACCGAAGGUGGAGAACUCUGGCUCAGGUGGUAAAGCGAGGGAGGCAGUUGAUGCAGACUUUGUGUCGGCUUGUCAUUUUGUCAAAGCGCACAUGAACAACAUGGACAACCCCAGUGAGGACAUGAGGAAGGCUCUGGUCACUUUAUUCCAGCACUGGUUCACCACCUCAGCAGAGGAGGCUUCUGAAGCGUGCAAUGUGGCCGCCUACAUCAGAGCAGUGAAGAAGGAAUCGCCGUCCCUCCUGUCCUUCCUGGUUAACCUUCCGGAUGACAAUGGCAACACGGUGCUGCACUACGGCGUAUCUCACUGCAACUACAGCAUUGUCAGCCUGCUGCUGGACACAGGUGUGGCGGACGUGAAUGUUCAGAACAAAGCUGGUUACACAGCCGUGAUGCUGGCCUCUCUGACUGCUCCUGAUGGACCUGAUGGGAUGGAAACCAUACGGAAGUUGAUGGAGUCGGGCAACGUCAACAUUCGCUCCAGUCAGACAGGUCAAACAGCUCUACAUUUGGCGGUCAGGCACGGUCGAGACAUUAUGGUCCGCCUGCUGCUGAGCUGCGGCGCCGACACCAACAUCCAGGACAGCCAGGGAACGACAGCGCUCAUGUUUGCAGCUGAGAAGGGCCACACGCAUGUGGCACGAUUACUGUUAGAAAGAAGUCAGAGCGAUCUGAUGCUUACUGACAAGUCGGGCCGAACUGCACUCUCUAUCGCCUUGCAAGGUUCCCACUCGGACACAGCCGCCCUGCUGCAGGCCCAUGCUAAAGCUCGAUCUCUAUAAAAGAGGACAAUCUGCUGAAAUAUUUGAUUUUUUUCUCUGACGCACUUCCAAAUCCAAACUGAAAAAUAUCUUAACUGGUAAUGCAUGAGCACUGGCUUGAAUUUUCUGAGGAUAAUUUUUGUUUGAGGGAGAUUGAUGGGUAAUCCAUGCAUUUAAGCUUGGAUGCUAUUGGCUGUUAAAACACUAAACAGGUUUUUGUUUGUCUUCGUUGUUUAUAACCACAGCCUAUUGAUAUUAUUGAUUGCACACUAAUGUUGCAGCUCUGCUCUGCAAAUGAUACCAAAGUGUUUAUUCAGAAAUGACAGUAUAAGACACACAACCAUAAGUUUAAUGAUUGUAUGUAAUGUUUUUUUGGUAAAGCUUAAAGUUUAUUUUGUUAAAACUGAGCUUCUGUUGAAUAAAGCUUUGAAGACUGCUGA